AUGCAAGAACCCAACGAGAUAGACACCGAUGUGUAUCUAAAGUACGAUCAAGUGCCCCGAACUCGCGACGAAACAGUUUUCCAUCUUGCGCUAGCCAAGCUACCCGAAGCCGUACAAGAAUGGGUCCAGCGCCCGAUCCUGCCCUACGAUAAAUCCGUGGCAUUGAAUAACAAGACCUGUCCGACGGAGGGAGUCAACUUCGAUGAGGGUGCAGUCAAGGAGAAUGAGCGGGCGUGGCGAUAUAUAACACCGGCCAAGAUAUCAGACUGGCGCCAAGACAUUGCAGAACACUUAUACCGAAAACAAAAAGAGAAGCAAGAGAAGAUGAGCCCGGAGACAUCUCUCACAAAAGACGAACAAGGAAAAGAGUUCUCGGGGGGAAGAGGACUGGUGAUGGCAGCAGGGGAUCAUGCUGCCGUUGUUCGUGCACGAACAAACAUCCGGCUCCUGAGAUCAUACAACUGUACUCUUCCAGUCGAGAUAUUCCACUUUCCGAACGAGCUUUCAACACCGGAGAUGAGCUUGCUCGAGGAGCUCUCAUCUCUCAAGCAGCGUUCCGAGGACCAAGAGGAUCAAAGCGGAAUGAAAGUCACUGUCCAAGUUGUGGAAGGAGUUCGAAAAGGAGACGACUGGAAAGCAUUCCAUAUCAAAGCGGCCGCCAUCCAACAAUCAUCAUUUGACGAAAUUCUCUAUCUGGACACGGACUCUUAUACCCUCCGAAAUCCGGAAUACCUGUUCGAAAGCAUGCAAUGGAAAGAAACAGGGCUCAUGCUUUGGCCGGAUUACACAAAAUCACAUGCCACCAACCCCAUCUGGCGUCUUUCAGGACAAAGUUGUCGGAGUGAAUAUGAAGGCGAAUCUGGCCAGAUCCUCAUCUCGCGCACCCUUCACCAAGAUCUGUUAUGGAUUGCCGAGUUUUUCGCCCUUGAGCACCAUAAAUUUUACGGCUUCCUGGGCGGUGACAGAGAUUCGUUCAGAGCAGCUGCUCUUUUGUUAGGCAAGAAAUGGACCGGGCCGGGAAGACUGAAUGCCGCUGCAGGCGUUGUGCUGACAGACAAUCCACAAGGAGGUGGACAUACAAUGCUCCAGGCAGAUCCGGAGGGGAAAUGGCUGUUCGUGCAUGCGAAUUUGAUCAAGCAUGCGAAAUUCCAUCGGCCGCUAUGGUCUCGGAUCCACAGGGCUGCGCAAGACAAGUUUGCCGCUGAGAGCACUUAUGGGGAUAUUCAUCCGCCGAACGAUAAAUUGGGAGACGGGGUGAAGUUGCGAGUUACAUACAACCCUAUGAUGUCUACGAUUAUGUCCACUUUUGAGGGAUAUGAUGAGGGCUUGGUUGUUGUAGAGGAUUGGGAUACCUAUGAAGAACUGAAAGGAUUUGAGGAGAAGUGGUUUGGAUUUGGUGGAGUGCAUUGA